AUGCCGUCAAUUGGGGACGAGGACGACGACCGUGAUAUAGCAGGAUCGCAAGAUGGCAGCUCCGAUAAUGAUAUGGACGACACGAUGGGCGACUUGGAAGAUGUUGCUCCAGAGCCCGAUCCUGAAAGCCCGUCGAAUUCCAGCAUUGUGUCUGAUGGCCAGACUGCCGCAGCUAGCCAACAGAAUAACCAACCUCUUUCUCCUUCCAAUAAUUCCGUGUCCGAUUCGUCUCUUCCCCUACGCCCUGCUGUACGUCCCGAAGCGCUCACUGCGACCAGCUAUGAUAUUGUUCCAACCACUGCAGCUCCACACAGCACGUCGAUUAAUGCCGUCACAGCAACAGCAGAUAUGCGAUGGAUAUUUAGCGGUGGUUCAGACGGAUAUGUGCGAAAAUUCAACUGGGUAGAUUCCAUCAACAGCAAAUUAAUGCUGACGGUUGCGCAAAGACAUCCAUUCGUGGAUAGCGUUGUGAAGGCGGGCGUUUUGAUGACAUAUUGGGAGAAUAUGGAUGGGAUCGCCCUGUCACCUGUUUACUCUCUUGCCUCUCACAGUCAAGGGUUGUGGCUCCUUUCUGGUCUCGAGUCCGGGAGUAUAAGGUUGCAGUCCGUCCGCCACGAUGAGGGAAAAGAGAUCGCCCUUCUCCAGCAACACACCUCAGCAGUUUCAGUACUCUGUCUCACGUCAGAUGAACGGUCUCUCCUCUCGGGAAGCUGGGAUAAAAGGAUCCAUGACUGGGACCUAAAUGUUGGGCAACCAAGGCGAACCUUCGGCUCAACUGCGGGGCAGAUAUCUUCCAUUGAAAUACGGCCGGAAUCCAAUCUACCUGUACCACAAGAGAGUGGGGAGCCUCCUCUGACGAACGGAACCUUCUCAUCUAAUAACCAGGCAAACGGCACUUCCAGUUUUGCCUUCCAAAAUGGGGAAUAUGCAGGGCGGCAAGCUGAAGGUGGCUCCAGUGCGAAUAAUGCCGCUGGAUCCCCGGCGGACUCGCUUUUCGGGACCGAUUCACUUUUCGGAGACGGCGAAGGGGGUGAAACCGAAGCACCAUCUGGUGGUGCUUUUGCGAUAGACGAAGAUGAUGAAUUUUCCCAGGCGCUUGCAAAUGGUAUUCAGCCACCCGAAGAUAAGCACGAAAUAGACAUGAUUGAUGCUCAACCAAAUGGUGUCUCAAAUAGCCAACAUACGGAGGACAUGGUCUCAGAAAAGGGUGACCAAACAGCCCAAUUUUCAGAAGCUGCGGUUGGGAAUUUGCCCAAUGGCAUAUCUUCUGAAAUCAUAGGGAAUGGAGAUCCCCAUGCCGACGAGUUGGAACGUGCCCCAACAAGCCAAGAUAAAACUGAGGCCUCGUCAGAUGACAGUUCAGACAUAACAUCCGAUACUACUUUCUUCUCCGCAUCAAUUGACGGGACGAUACGUGUCUGGGACAGACGACAACCGAACCCCAUUGCUAAGAUAGUUUCUCGAAACGCUCCCCCAUGGUGCAUGAAUGCGUGUUGGUCGCCGGACGGGAACUAUAUCUAUGCCGGACGACGCAACGGUACCGUAGAAGAAUUUAGUCUGCAUAAAGGCCUCCGCAACGCCGAACGGACUUUCAAAUUUCCCCAGGGAAGCGGCCCUGUCUCUGCCGUCAAAGCAAUGCCAAACGGCAGACAUCUAAUGUGGUAUGUCCCUGUUCCUCUGUAA